GGUUCGUUCGGUUGCUCGUUCGCUUGCUUUCUAUUUGGUUUCUCGUCUUUGUUUUUGUUGUUGACACUUCCACUGUGUAUUUUUUUAUUGUGAAUGGUCUGUGUGUGUGUACGUGCCUAUUACUUGAAAAAUUGUGUAAAGCCAAAACCUUUAAGACGAACUAAAGUGAUUGAAAACAACAAGAACGACAGCGAUAGAAAACGACGCUGCAACAACACCACCCAUGCAAUUUAAAAAGAGGAAGAGCUACGGUGUAAACGAGUUUCGGAUCUUCGGCGCGCGCUCUUUAUCCUAUCCAACACAGACAUCGAAUCUAAACCCCGUAUAUCAUCCCAUCUAGCGCCAAGGUGAAACUGUUUGCCUCAGCUCUGGCAUUGACAUCUAUCCUAGAGAAUAUGGUAUAUGGUGUAUAUCCAUCCCCCAUUCCCAGCUGUAUUGUUACAUUUUUAAAUUGAACAAAAAGUAUAUUUUCGAUUCGAUUUGAGGAAAAAGAAGAAGCAGAAAAGCAAUUUGGCGGCGAUGGGCAGGCAGUACAAAUUAAAAGCUACAUAGAUGGAACACACGCAUACACACGCGGACAAGGCAAACAAACCGACAAACACACACGCCCAGAGCAAAAGGAAAGGCAAAUAGUAUAGCCGAAUCACACAGCAGGCGUCUCGCUUUAACGUUCGCCAGCAGCCACAGCACAGAACACAUUGUAUUGGCUGGCAGAGCCAAUGUUAGAAAGAGACAACAGUCGCUUCGAUAAGCGAGGAGUUGCCAGUUUUAUUUUACGGUUGUCUAGUGGCAAAUGUCAUCAGAAAUUACAACACUGCGGAUGGAAGACGUCUACUAGCAAAGCAGCAACAACUCCAACAACAUCUGGACACAACAACAACAACGAAGCAGCACCAGCAGGAGGAGGAAGAAGAAGAAGCACGCAUUGGCCUCAAAAAUAUAAACAAAAAUGUGGCCCACCGUGCAAGCGUCGACGACGACAGUGCGAACAACUAGAGCAACUUCCAUAUGCACGUCCCCAUCUGUGUCCGCAUCUGCAUCUGGAACGACAUCAUUGCAAAGCAACAGCAACAGAAGCAGCAGCAUCAAUAGCGCCAUCGCCGCAGCCAACAGAUGCUUCAUCAAAUCCGCCAUCGAACGGUCAGUGGUGCGGCCCAUAGCUGCCAUACAGCAUACAGUCCAGGCCACAGUGGCCAAUGUAGUUACUAUGGCCACUGCAGCCACUGAGGAUGUGCCAGUUGUGAAUACAACCGAGCUGGAGUACGACAUCAUCAACUACUAUACGGAUUCACCCUCAUCCACCACUCCCUGCCUCGCUGCCAGUUCCCGGCAGCUGCAGCAGCAGCCAGAAAUAUGCCCCCCGCUGACACAGGUCUCUGGGUCUGCGUCUGCCCGUCGCUGUUCUCGCCUCAUCGGCAACCAUCAGCCAGCAGUGGAUACGAAUGCUGUUGAGGCGGGAUUAGCCACCAAUGCCGCUGACACCGCAUGUGGAAGUCUGACGACGGACCAGGAGACCAUACAGGAGGAGGAGGAGGAGGAGUUCGAUUUAUUUGCUGAGGAUUCAGAAACAUCGAAGCCGCCGCUCUUGUUAGACACCAAAAAAUUGCGCUGUCGCAGCAUCGCUGCCGCCCGUUCCCGCGGUGGCGCGCUCCCGACACUGACUCGCCAUCAGCCAGCAGUAGAUACGAAUGCUGUUGAGGCGGGAUUAGCCACCAAUGCCGCUGACACCGCAUGUGGCAGUCUCACCACGAACCAAGCGACCAUACAGGAGGAGGAGGAGUUCGAUUUAUUAGCUGAGGAUUCCUUGUUUACCACCAAAACAUUGCGCUGUCGCCGCACCGCUGCCGCCCGUUCCCGCGGCGGCGGUGGGACACUGAGCUGCCAACGGAAGCCGAAAGCCAUUGUGCCGCCCCGCACUGAAGUCCUCAGCAGCAGCAGCAACGCCAGCACAGGCGACAGCCGGAGCCCCAACAGCACACCCAGCAUCGAACCGUCGCCCACACCCAGCUCCACCCUGGGCGUCAAUAUGCGGGUGACAGGGCAAUGCAGCCAGGGAGGACGUAAAUACAUGGAGGAUCAGUUCUCUGUCGCCUACCAGGAAUCGCCGCUGACUCACGAGCUGGAGUACGCGUUCUUUGGCAUCUAUGAUGGACAUGGCGGGCCCGAGGCGGCCUUCUUCGCCAAGGAGCACCUGAUGCUGGAGAUUGUGAGGCAGAAGCAGUUCUGGUCAGACAAUGAUGAGGAUGUGCUGAAAGCCAUACGAGAGGGCUACAUAGCCACGCAUUUUGCAAUGUGGCGGGAGCAAGAGAAAUGGCCGCGCACCGCCAACGGACACCUGAGCACGGCGGGCACAACGGCAACGGUGGCCUUUAUGCGCCGUGAGAAGAUCUACAUCGGUCAUGUGGGCGAUUCAGGCAUUGUGCUGGGCUACCAGCAGCCAAACGAACGCCAGUGGCGGGCCAAACAGCUGACGACCGACCACAAGCCGGAGUCACACGAGGAGAAGGCACGCAUCCAGCGCUCCGGUGGCAUGGUUGCCAUCAAAAGCGGUGUGCCGCGUGUGGUCUGGAAUCGGCCAAGGGAUCCCCAGCAUCGUGGUCCCAUCCGUCGGCGUACGGUUGUCGAUGAUAUACCCUUUCUGGCAGUAGCCCGCUCCCUCGGCGAUCUCUGGAGCUACAAUUCACGCUGCAAGGAGUUUGUUGUGAGUCCCGAUCCGGAUGUUAAGGUUGUUAAAAUUGACCCAAACAUGUUCAGAUGCCUAAUCUUUGGCACCGAUGGCCUCUGGAAUGUGGUGACGGCCCAGGAGGCAGUCGAUGCUGUGCGCAAGCAACAUCUCAUUGGCGAGAUCCUCAACGAGCAGGACGUGAUGAACCCGAGCAAGGCCCUGGUCGAUCGGGCACUCAAAACGUGGGCAUCCAAGAAAAUGCGUGCGGACAACACGUCCGUGGUAACUGUGAUACUAACACCAUCGUCGACGACAUCUGGCUCCUCCCAGGAGCCCUCGCCCGUACCAUCGCCCAGCCCCUGCCCAGUGCAGUCGCUGGCGUCACGCCGAGAAAGGAAUUCACGCCGUGAAUUGGAUUCACGCCGUGAAUUGGACUCGAGCGAUAUGGAAGUGGAAGUCGAUGUCGAUGUGGAUGUGGAUGCCCUGCUGGAUGCCGAAGACGAGGACAGUGCAAUGGAUAGCGAGAAUAGUUGUCCAGACUCUCAUUGCAUCGAGGAGGAGGACUACAUUCUGGAUGCCCCAUACAGUGCCUUGGCCAAGCGGCAUUUGCCGCCCGAGCCGUUUCGCAAUUUUGAUUACUAUGCUGUCGAGGAGGAUCAGGAGGAGGAGGAUGCCGACGAGUAUAUCGAUGGGGAAACCAUCGAUGCUGGCGAAGAGGAGCACGCAGGCGAUGUGGAGGCAUCCGCGUCUGUGUCUGUGCCGCAACAGCGACUGUCGCGUUCCUCCUACGAUGCCUAUCGUCUCAAGCGCAGUCUGCACAAUCAUCGCAAGAUGUGGCGUAAGUCCAACACCGCCGGGGCCUAUCCCUGGCGUGGAUUGGUCGAACAACAACACCAACAGCAGCUGCAGCUGCAGCACGAGGCGGAGUCAAGCGAGGAAGUGAUCCUGCUGGAGGAGGAGGAGGAGGAGCAUCACUUGCAUCACUACGCCAAUGGAGACCACAUUUAUGGGCAGUCUGUUCCACCCGCAGGCGGUGCGGGCAGGGAGCUGACAGAACUGGAGCAUCAUCUGGAGCAGCAUUUGGAGAGCAGCUUCGGCAGCUAUGGCUCCAGUGCGUGCUCUUUGGGCUCCGAUUAUAGUUUCGCCGAGUCCUACAAUACGCUCCUCAAUGAGCAGGAGCAGGAGGCGCGCACCCGUUCGGCGGCAGCAGCUGCCGAGGCGGAGGCGGCCGCUGCUGCUGCCAUGGAUGAUCGCAGCAUGCAGGAAAUCAUACAGGAACAGCAGCACUACCAGCAGCAGGAAGGCUACUCCCUUACACAGCUGGAGACGCGUCGGGAGCAGCUGCAUCAGCUGCAUCCCCACCAGCCGCAGGAUCAGGAGCAGGAACACGAACAGGAGACUUGGACGCCGUCCGACUACGUCGAGCAACAGUCGCAUCAAGAAGAGGAGUCGGCAAAGGAGCCAGAGCCCUCGGAGCUCUUGGAAUUGAAUGCUUUGCUGCAGCAGGAGCGGGCCGAGGAGGAGCAGGUGGCUCUGGAGCGGGAGCAACAACUGCAGCGAGAGCAGGUGCACGAGCAUAUGGAGGCCACCUCCAGCAGCUCCUCCAGUUCCAGUUUGAGUUGCAGCGAAACGGAGUUCAAAUUGUCCAGGUAUUGGAUCGCAUUGAAGGCGCCAAGAACGGACACAGUGCCCCAAGAGCUGGAAGAGGAGGAGGAGAAGGAGGAGGCGUUGCCAGUGUCACCGCCCACUCUGCAGGACAAUCAAGUGAGCUCCACCCUACCCGCGACACCAAGAUCCACGGCCUCGGAGGCAGGCCUUACCCCAGCGAUGCUGCAACUCCGCGAAACCGUGGCUGAGAUCCGCAAGGAGGAUGCCCAUGCCGUACAUUACAUCAUCGAACAGAUCCAGAAACUCCAGGACGUCGAAUGCAUACCAGUCGCAGCAGCGCCGGGCAUUGGCGAGGCACUCGAUCGCGCCAGUGCUUUGGCCAGCGACUUGGGCGCAGCCCCAUCAGCCUCCACGCCUGUGGCGGCUCAGCGUAUCCGUCAGAUGCGUCGCUAUCGGAAUGUGCCAAAUGAGAAUCAUCAGCACAUGCAGACGCGCCUGCGACAGGUGUUUAAGCACUGCAAGAACAAGUCCCUCAGUGCGGCGGCCAUCAAAGACUCUGUGGGUGGCGUCGGAGCAAGUGUCAGUGCAGUUGGUGGAGGAGGAGCAGCAGCAGCAGCAGUUGCCGCAGGCGCAGGCGCAGGAGGAGCAGGCGCUACAGUUGUGAUUGCUGCACGCAGGAGCCUCAAUGCUGCGCCCAGCAGCAUCAAGAGCGGCAACAGCAACAGCAACGGUCGCAGCAGCAACAACGGCAGCAGCAGCAGCAGUUCCAUUAUGAUGACUCGACGCAGCCAGACGCUGGCCAUCAGCAGUGGAGGGGGCGGGGGAUCAGUGAGUAAGCGCCAGCUGCGUAGCUGCAGCGUCAGCGGCAUGGACAUGACCAAGCGGACGCUCAGGACACGGAAUGUUCCAACAGUGGGUGUGGGCGCCACAGCCGUGAAUGUGCCGCCAGUUGCUGCAUCUCCCACUGCAAGGGCCAAUAGUGCUGCAGGAGGAGGAGGAGCAGCCAGCGGCACAGCAAGCGUCGUCGCUAGUGCCAGUGGCAGCAAUACCGCCAGUAGGCGCCUCAAGUGCACCCAACAGGAGCGCGAACAGCGGCGCAGCCUUCGCCGGAGCACACUGAAUGCCACCAUGCCCAGUGGCAGCAGCGGCGGCGGCGCCAAUAUACCCUCCUCACCGUUCAGCAAAUCGACGCGUCGGCAAUCGUCGUGCAAUGGUGCGGGUGCCAUCUCUGCACGGCCACCGCCAUCGCCGAAAAAGCUCAACAUAGUCGUACCCACAUUGGCCAUUGGGACACGGGCCUACACGGCGGCCAUGGCCGCAACCGAUGUGCAGCUGAACAAACGCUGGUCCCUGCGCAGCAGUCGCCAGCAGCAGGUGGCCAAAGGAGCGUCAACUGGGACGGAGAGCAGCAACGGCAACAGCAACAGUAGCAGCAGUGCCAUCACCAAUCAUAGGAUGAUGAUGAGAGCCAUCAGCUGCUACAGUGUGCGCAAUCGUGGAGGACAUCAGGAGCAAGCAACAGGAGCCGCCACAACGCAACAGCAGCAGCAGCAACAUCAGCAGCAGGCGACAACACGCAGGCGCUGAUCGGUUGAGAUUUAAUCGGAUCGGGGCACACAGCGGGAGCAAUUCCAAGUACAAAUCCCAAGCAACGGACAAACUUUGAUAAGGAGUAGGAGACGGAGAAGGAGCAGGCGCAGGAGGGACAUGCAACACACACACACAGACAGACAGUUUAUAUAUAUAUAUUCUUUAUCAUUGUUAUAUUUUGGUAAAUGCCAAAUAGCUGCCCAAAUUCGUAUCAUAAAACCACAAGGCAUCCCACCACCACCAGCACCCAAAGUCCUCUCUCUCUCCCCCAAACCACAGCAUGUAUCAGUGUCAUUUUUGUUGUAAAUACACUCACACACACACACGAGAGAUAUAUAUAUAAACAUAUAUUAUAUUAUAUUCAUUAUACAGAGUGCAAAUAUAAUAUUUUAGGUAUAAAAUAAAUUCAUCAUUUAAUCCAAUCCCCGAUAUAUUAAUGAUAUACACACAUACAUAUGUAUAUCGUAACUAUAUACAUUUUUUUACGCAUCACAUCCGUACACCUUUUGUUUUUUUUUUUUUUGCACUAUUGUAUUUAUUUCAUAAUUUAAUCUUAAGCCUAAAACCAAUUGU